CUCGAAGACCCUUCUACUGUACACUUUUUUUUGCCUCCCGGUGCCGUUUCUGUUGUUCAACAGCAGUUAACAUGAUUUCUCUUGUACACUAGAUUUGAUAUACCGUUCUUUUUAAUGCCUCUACUUGAAUGCGCAUCGAACCAUUAGAUCGGUCGUAGCCUCUAUCAGGGCCGUCACUCUUUUAUCCCUCCUCAAUCCAUCCAAUCCACGCCAUCACGCGAGCUUUCACGAUGCUCCUCCGAUCGGGGAGCUCUCGACACAAUUACCCUCUCCGCCAUUUAAUAUCCUCCAGCGCCCCUCACAUCGUAUCCAGGUGCCAGCCGGCACGUUGCCGGUCCUUUCAGGAUGCAAGAAGGCUCCUAACAACAAAACAAGAGUUGCGACCAUGGAGGAGGAAGAGCUUGCGCAGUCUCCUCGCCUUCGAUCGAAAUUUGGCCACAGCACUAGACGACUACAAGCCUAUAGAUGACAUCCCGUUCGAAGGGCUUCCGAAUGCCGCGCCGCCCCUCUAUCCUCCUCGCCCAUCCCCGUCCCCUCCGCUCUACGAACUUAGGCCAUUCGAUGUCUCUGAGCCGCUUAUCGUCAAGGACCCGUCCCCGCGGCUGCCUCGGGGACGGAUCAAUCCGUCUGGCAUACCGGGAGAUGUUGACGAGAUGAUGUCUGUCUUCGACGCUUGUCUGCAGGUCGGCAAGUUGGACAGGGCCGCCCUCGUCCUCGAGCGCUUUGCAAGAAUUGGCGCUCUUGCCGGGCACGACAUGAUCCAGCUUCAUAACCAGUACUUGCGAGCGAAAUUGGAGCAGAUACAGAAUAGUCCUGGCCUGAACAAGGCCGAGGAUCUGCACCAGUGGUACGAGCUCCAGAUCCGGAGCGAGCACCUUCCCCAGACCGCCGAGACGAUCGCGUGCAUGCUGAAGGCGUCACUUCUCACCACCCAUGGCUCGAGACUGGAGAGGCUAGUUGACCGUUACAUGGGCAUGGUGCCGGGGCAGGCCGGCCUCGAAGUCUUAUAUAUGGGGGACAUCCUGACGGAUCAGGAUCUCGCGACAAUCACCCGCAUUUGCCAAACCUAUAAUCUCUUGCCCGAAGACGUCUCUGCUUCCAUUUCCACCGCAUUGGCUGCCGGAGAAGCAGCCGAGGAGGCCGCGUUGCUGGACACAGAAUCAGCACAAACAAUUACAGCACCGGAGGUUCUGAGCACGCCGCAGAAAGGCAUGGGACUGAGGAUGCUGAAGCAAACCCUUUCCCUGUUCUCUGAAAUUCCGGAGGGCCGCGAUAUCUCCAAGCUGUCGUACGCCGAACGCAGAGAAAUCCAGUCCCGGCUCGAGAGAGAUUGCGUCGACGCUGCGAUUUCACGCUGGCGGGAGGAGAACCAGGCUCUUUUGAAGAUGGGCCUGAACACCAAUCUGUCGACUCCGUCCUUGAGCUCGAGGUUGUACGAGUGGCAAAGCGCGCUCGAAAACCGCCUCAUCGAGGAGCUGGAGAAUGUUGAAAAGGCCGAGGUGGCAGUGAAGAAGAACAGGGACGACAUGGACCGGUGUCUGUAUGGGCCGGUCCUGCGCCAAUCCGUCCCCAGCCGGCUCGCCGCCGUUACCAUCCUGAGCACCCUGAGUACUCUCGCCAUGCACGGGGCCGACAAGGGUGUGCCAUUGACGGUUGUGAUCGGCCAGCUUGCCAAGGUGGUAGAGGAAGAGGUUCGAGCACAGCGUCAGAGCAAGGACCGGUCUUCCGCAUCCAUCAAGGCUGCGAGGAUAACUGCAAGGCGAAUGCUUCGACGUUCGGCUGGACACCAUACAGUGGUGCUGGAACAUGGCAACCCAGCGGCGGUGGAGGACAAGGCCGAGGCGUCAACAACGCGCACCGGCCUCUCGAGUCACCUGGAGGACAAUUCCUGGCCUCUCACGAUCCGGACCAAGAUUGGAGCAAUGCUGCUCUCAGCCUUGAUCGAAACCGCAAAGGUCAACGUGGUCCGGGAUCACCCGGAGACCAAGGCGUUGAUCGCCCAGAUCCAGCCCGCCUUCUCCCAUGCCAACCUUCUGAAGAGGGGCAAGAAACUCGGCAUGAUCGUCCCUAACCGAGUCCUAGUCGAUCUCAUGAAGCGCGAGCCACGGGGUGACUUCCUUGCUCGCCAUUUACCAAUGGUCGUGGAGCCGGAGCCAUGGUCCAAGUUCGAGAAAGGCGGGUUCAUCGAGUAUCCGGCUUCCCUGGUCCGUGUCAAGUACGGGGAGAAAGACCAAAGGAUAUACACGGAGGCGGCGAUUGCCCGGGGAGACAUGGACCAGGUUCUCAAAGGCCUGGAUGUCUUGGGCAGGACAGGGUGGCGGAUCAACCGACCGGUCUUCGACGUUAUGCUGGAGGCCUGGAAUACCGGGGAGGCGAUUGCCGACAUUCCGCCCCUGAACCCGAAUAUCUCUAUCCCCCCUGAACCCGAAGCCAGCGAGGAUCCCAUGCAGCGAAGGGUCUGGAUCAAGUCUGUGAAGGCUGCCGAGAACGAGAAGUCGGCUCUGCAUUCGGUCCGAUGCUUCAUGAACUUCCAGCUUGAGAUUGCCAGGGCAUUCCGGGACCAAACCUUCUACUUCCCCCACAAUAUCGACUUCCGUGGACGGGCAUAUCCGAUUCCCACCUAUCUGAACCACAUGGGUGCCGACCAUGUCCGAGGCCUGUUGUAUUUCGCAAAGGGCAAGGAGCUCGGAGAGAACGGCCUACGGUGGCUCAAGGUGCAUCUGGCCAACGUAUUCGGGUACGACAAGGCCAGUUUCAAGGACCGAGAGAAUUUCGCCGUGGAGAACCUCGACAACAUCAGGGAUUCUGUCAAUAACCCGCUCAAGGGCAACAGGUGGUGGCUGAAGGCCGAAGAUCCUUGGCAGUGCCUUGCUACCUGCUACGAGUUGAAGGCUGCCAUGGACCUCCCUGACCCGACUAAGCAUGUGUCACACCUGCCGGUGCACCAGGACGGCACCUGCAACGGUCUCCAGCAUUACGCUGCCCUCGGUGGCGACUCCUGGGGAGCUCGCCAAGUCAACCUGGAACCUGGCGACCGUCCGGCCGAUGUCUACUCUGCCGUCGCCGACUUGGUCAAGGAAAACAUCAAGAAGGAUCUGGAGCAAGGGAACCCGCUCGCGGCGGCAUUGGAUGGCAAGAUCACCCGCAAGGUCGUCAAGCAGACGGUAAUGACGAACGUCUACGGCGUCACGUUUGCCGGCGCGAAGAAGCAGGUCCUGAAGCAGUUGGAUGCUCUAUAUCCCAACAUACUUGCUGAGACGGGCCUGGAUCCCAUCUUCCUCUCCUCAUAUGUCGCUACCAAGAUCUUUAAGGCCCUGUCGACGAUGUUCAAGGGCGCUCACGAUAUUCAGUACUGGCUAGGGGAGAUCGGUGGUCGAGUCUGUCGUGCCUUGACGCCAGAACAGAUGACGAUGAUCGAGAGCGACCCCCCGACAAAGGCUUCCUCUAAGAUAACGACGUCGAAACCGAAGAGGGUCUCGUCAACGGAUGAGCUGCUAGCCCAGUUCAGAUCAACUCUAGUGUGGACAACGCCGCUCCGCAUGCCAGUCGUCCAACCGUACCGGAAGAGCGGUACUCGGGUUAUCCAGACGUGCCUCCAGUCCCUGAUACUGACGACACCCGAGCGUUCCGACCCGGUCCACCGACGGAAACAGCUACAGGCUUUCCCGCCCAACUUCAUCCACUCGCUGGAUGCCAGCCACAUGAUCCUUUCAGCCCUGCAGUGUGACGAGCUUGGUCUCACCUUUGCUGCAGUUCACGAUUCGUUCUGGACCCACGCCUCGGAUGUAGACACCAUGAACGGCGUCAUUCGCGACGCAUUCAUCAGAAUACAUAGCGAGGACGUGAUUGGGCGGCUUGCGGCCGAGUUCGAGGCGCGGUACAAGGGCUCGAUCUAUCUUGCCAAGAUCAAUAAAGGGACGGAGGUGGAGAAGAAGAUCGCCGCGUUCCGGAAGGCGUCGCCCUCGUCUCUGAGGCAGGAGCUGUUGACGGAGAAACGGAGACAGGAGCUUUUGAAGUCCAGUGUUCCUACAGAGGUGGAGGAGGGGAAACUGAUGGUUACUCCGGCCAGCAUCUUCGAGGAGAUGGCGGCCGCCGAGGACCUAGCCGAGCCUGAAGAGAUCGGGGAAACUGCCCUUGGGAAUAUCCCGGCUGAGGAGAAGAAAGCAGCCAAGGCAUUAGAAUCCAAGAUGUCCAGCGACGGCGCGGCAGAAUCCGACGAGCUCCUGCUCGAGAGCCUGAAGCCUGAGGAGGAGGCUGAGGUAAUGCAAGACGAGGACAAGGGCGAGGCCGACUCGGCCGAGUCUCGUCUGUCGUCGCUCAUCGGCACUGGCCAUUUCGCCAUGCAGAUAUCGCACGUGAAGCGGGAGACCAAGACCCCGGCGUCUACGACACAGGUCUGGCUGCCAUUGUCCUUCCCGGCCAUCCCCGAGAAGGGCGACUUUGACGUCCGGCGGCUGAAGGGGAGCAAGUACUUCUUUUCUUAAGAUGGCUCUGUUAAAGGGGGUUCCUGGCGUGUGGUAUGAUUCGUAUCCUGGGUAUGGGAGCGCGGCGUGCAUAUGCACAGAAGAUCAAAAGUAAUGAUUAGAGACCAUCUAUCUGUGUUGCUCUUUGUAGAUGGGGGCUAUGCAUUUUACCGGGGGGGCUUCCCCGGAUCUUCGAAACGGAUGCAUGGUUGAGAUGAGGGGCAUCUAGAUGUAUAAUAGCUGCAUCCUUUUCUUUUUGUAUAUUGUAUUGUACCUAUUUGACAGACUCCAGAGUAUCCGACGCAUCGUCGUGAGUGGCCACCAAGGCGUUUCUACUAGAAGGAAACUGAGAGCAAUGUGCUACCUACUACCACUGCAUGUUACCUCCGAGUAAGCACAGUUGACAACUGUCCGACUGCAGACUUGGCCACCAUUC